AUGCUCAUUGGCGAGCCACACACUCAAAGAUCCUAUGCAUGCAACUGCCUCAAUAUCCGGCUUAGAUCCGCACAAAUCGACGACCAGUAUCCAGAUCUACCGACGUCGCCCGACUACACGCCUGUCUACGUUGAAAGAGACGAGGAUAUCAAGAUCGUCUUCCCGCACCUGACGUUGAGGAAUCGUAAACGGGCUCCCUACAUUCCCGAUCCAGCAAAAACGGCACGCUACACUUCCUUGACUUGCCUCUGCUGUCAAACUCUUGUGUACCGAAUACAUCACGUAGUUUCUGUCCACGACGAACAGAAUUUGAAGGAAGGACCGAUCAUAACUAAGGGAUGGACUGAAACGGAGGUUCUCCGAAGUACUUCUGGCUGGGUCGAGGUCUUUCAUUCUCGGGUUCUGACAGAGGAGGGUAUUCAGAAACAAGAAAGUUCCUCGCAAUUCUCGCAAACGUUCGGCCUUGUUAUUACUCCGUCGUUACAAUCGGCCUCCUCUGAAACAGUUUCCGGGCGUUCUUUGGUCCCUGAAGCUCUUCCUAAAUAUAAGCUUCCACCCAUUUCACCCAUCUUUCCUGAACCAAAGUCAAAAACGUCGCUCUUUGCCACCCUUGCCACUCUCGCUAGUCGGAAAUCUUCCGAUCUGCGGUCAGCAGCAGAGCAGUACAUUGAUGAUAUAGUGAAGCAGAAAGUCGAAGAGAUCAGAUUUGCCGAGAAUCAGCUAAAGCAAGAUGUGCAAUCUUUACUGACCAAGUAUAAUGAAGGCAUAAAGAGGGAAGAACAGGAAAGAAACUCCCUCUCGGAACAGAACUCUGCUCUUCGACAGCGGAAAACUCCCAGUCCAUCACGUACAGAGACAGCUCCAUUGUCAGGCAAGUCAGCGUCCGUAGUGCGCGAUUUUGUGCCUUCAGUCCUUCCUCGUGUGCGAGCGCAAUCAACCAAUUCCCCUGCCCCUCGCGUUUCCUCCCUCUCCGCAUCUUUAGCAACUUCGUCUUUUCACCAUCCUCGGGAUCAACACCAUUCACCGCCACGAUCGCCGGGUCAAGCACCCCAGAGUCCUAUCUCGCUCCAAUCCGCAUCAUCAGCGACUCUUUUCAUGCAGCCAGCCACAUAUGAGGCUGGAAAUGUUCAUCGAUGGGGACGUAAUACAGAUGAACAGUUGGACAUUGCUACAAGCUACAAUUACUUCCUCAACCUUGAGGAGGAGAUGGAGCGACGCAAACAAGCAUUGGCUGGGGUUAACACGUCGCUCGGUCAACCACCUCAAGGGCCAGGAACCUCUUCUAAUCCGGAAGGCGUUAGAAAUGAUGCUAAGAGAAAGGAAGUAGAAAGUCUUGAGAUCGAACAGACCGAACAGUCGAACUCGAAACCCGCCGUUCCGUCUCCAAAGUCCAAAGGCAAACGCAAAGUCACAUUCGAUGUGAAGGUAAACCAACCUGAGGCAGUUAUCCGAACGCCCUCCGAUCGAGACGAAAUGUUAUUCGACUUUGAAGAUGAGAACGAAAGGAGAGGGAAUGGCACACCUCAACCUGUCCUGCCUUUGAUCGAGCAACCUUCCCGGCACCCGAAAGCCCAGAGAAGAAAUUCCAAGGAACUUUCCGGGUUACUAUCGAGCCUUCGUCCGUCCUCCCUUCCUACGCCCUCCUAUCUAUCUGAUAAUCCAACCAACUCACUACCUCCAAACGUCGACGAUGACGCAAAGCCUUCUUCCGAUGAGAGGCAAGUAGAAGAUCAAUUAGAUCUACCUCCACCGCAAACUUUGCCCAUUCCCAAGCCAGUGAGGAAUGACAACAGCGCAGCAGAGUCGUCAAGAAGUCCACGUGAAGAGGAGGUUCUGACCAAACUUGCCGCCAGCAUGCCGAGCCACCGGGCAGCAUGGAGGAAUAACCGUGGAGAGUUCGCGUCUUUCUUCUCUGAAAAGAGCGAUGAUUGGAUCGGGAAUGAUCUCGAGGAGACUACGGGGACAGAAACAAUGGAUGGAGUCAGGGAAGAUAUGCGGCAAGAUGGCUUUGUUGGCUCGUUGCCGGUUCCGUUUCACCGCCCGAAUACAAAAGCCCAGCGACCACCCUUGAGCCUUGCCUCGUAUCAAGCAGAUGGACUUCUCUCGACUAAUCACACUGUCAACGGUCGGCGCGCAUCUGCUGUCAUCCCAUUAGAUACUACAGAAGAACAUCCCAGCUCGGAGGACGGCACUAGGUCAGACUCUACCCCAACCCGAGAUGGGCCCCGUUAUCUCCAGAGACGAGCGUCCCCUCUUACGCGUACCUAG